AACGAUCCUCCCCAAGCCGCCCCCUGCAGUCUGCACCGGAGGGACGGGGACAGGCGGACAGGUGGAGACCGACACCAGCUUCCUGCUGCGCUUCUCCUCCGUCCGGUGGCUCGCACAGAGUUUGGCUGCCGUUUGCCAGUCAGCAUGAGCAUGUACGGGUCUCAGAAGGCCCUGAACAUGGGCCGCAGGGUCGGGUCCAAAGGCGACUUGACUGGCGCGGGCAGCUACCAUUACGCACGGAGCGAAGUCCUGCACGGAGACGGUAAUGGAUUCGACCCCUACAUGGAAGGAUACAACACGUACACCUUUUCACGGUCCUCUUUAGGCGGAAUGGCUGGCGGCAUGUCGGGUGGGAUGAUGAGCACUAUGGGAGGCGGAAUGAGUGGCUCCAGCCUCAGUGCCGUCCACCAGCGGGCCAUGAUCCUGCAGGACCAGUGCCAGGAGUACCUGAAGAAAGCCGAAUACGCCCUUCAGUCUGGCGGUGCCCCCGGAGACGCCGAGCGCUACAUGGCGAUGUCUAAAGACACCAUCGAGCAGCUGAAGAGCUGCGCGAUGGACCUGAGGCAGAUGGGACAGCCCAAUGACAACGUAGUCAGGACUUUGGAGAUCUGUAAAGACCAGCUGAAGGGGGUCCACAAGGCCAUCACAGGCACCAUGCACAGGAGGAGGAGCACCAGAGGGAGCUCCGGGGGCUGGGAGGAGGCUGGAAGGAGCUUCCAAGACGCUAUGGCGUGGAUUACACAGCACAAGCGGCUCAUUGAAACAGCUCAGUGGGGAGACGAUCCUGCAGCCAUCGAGCAGCAGCUCAUCAGCCACCAGAAGUUUCACAGCUCCAUCCAGAGGAGCCUCGAGGUGGACCGAGCCAGAGACGAGCUGAUUAAGAAAGGAGACAAAGGAGCUCUUCACGCUCUGGACCGAGAAUGGGACAGUUUGCAGAAAAUGUCGUUUGGUCGGAUCCAGCAGCUGCAAGAGCUCCAGCAGAUCAUCCAGGAAAUGUCCAAAGAGAUCAUGUGGGUGAACGACAGGGAGGAGGAGGAGCUCAUGUUUGACUGGGGAGACAAGAACAUCGACCAGUACAUCCCACGGAAGCAGGAGAGCUACUCAAAACUGAUGAGUGCCUUGGAGGUCAAAGAGAAGGACCUGAAUAAACUCAAAGCCAAAGUGGAUACCCUCCUGAAGAGCGACCAUCCGGCUUCAGACAAGAUUGAGGCCUACAGGGACACUCUGCAGACUCAGUGGAGUUGGCUGCUUCAGAUCACCAAGUGCAUUGAUGUUCAUCUGAAGGAGAAUGCAGCUUACAACCAGUUCUUCAAGGAGGCCAAUGAGACCUACAGCACCCUGCAGAGGGAACAUGAAACGGUCCGAAAGAAGUUCACCUGUGAUAAGAACAGCUCGCUGGACAACCUGCUGGAGCUCCUCAAGGGACUGGAGUGGGAGAAGGAGAAGAUUAUGGAGAACAAGAGGCAGGUUCAGCACCUGGUCAACAGCUCCAAGAACAUCGUGAGACUGAAACCCAGAAACCCCGAAGAGAAGAGCGGCAGCCCCAUCGUCGUCAAAGCCCUGUGUGACUUCAAACAAGACCAGAAGGUGAUCUGUAAGGGUAACGAGGCCAUCCUGAAGAACAACAGUCAGCGCAGUAAGUGGGACAUCACCGGCCCAGGAGGACUCGAUAUGUCGGUGCCCUCAGUGUGCCUGAUCGUACCUCCUCCCAACCCCCUCAGCGUCAGUCUGGCCAGCAAGAACGAGCAGUACUAUGAGGCCAUCCUGUCCAUCUGGAAUCAGCUGUACAUCAACGUCAAGAGUCUCAUCGCCUGGCAGUACUGUCUCGUGGACAUCAAACGCAUCAACUCCCUCACCAUCUCCAUGCUGGCCCAGAUGCGUCCUGAGGAAUACCGACAAAUUAUCAAGAGCCUGGAGACUCACUUCCAGGACUUCAAAGUGAGCAGCCAAGGCUCCCAGAUGUUUGGUGACGAGGACAAGAGGUCCAUUGAGAACCAGUUCAAUGGAGCCCAGACCCACUAUGACCAGCUGGUGGUGCAGCUGCCAACUUACAUUGCACAACAGGAACAGAUAGAAGUACAGCAAGCAGCUGAGCAACGCCACCAGCUGAUUAUAAUACAGCAGCAACAGCAACAAGCUGCCGUCGAAGAGGAGGCCAGGAGGAUCGAAGAGGAAAGACGGAAAGUGGUGAAAACUAAGAAGGAGCCGGUGAAGAAGAAGGUGGUGGUGUACUCGUCAUCCUCCCGCAGCUUGUCUGAGCUGCAUGCGCUCAGACUGAGGCUGGAGGGCAUUGAGGACACUCUGAGUCAGCACGUUCACAUCUGCCUCGGAGACGAUGGCGUGCACGACUGUCGCUUCAAGAUCACUCAGCUGGAGACCGUGCAGCAUGACGUCGACUCAUUGCGUGAGGAGUACUUACGCUUGAGGGAGCGUAUUUUGAAGGAGCUGGAGGAAAUGAACGAUUCAGAUAAAGCCCAGUUCCUCCGCAGUGAGGUUGGAAUCAUCAACCAAAGGCUGGGAAGUCUGGAGAGCAGCUCAUCAGCUUACCUGCAGCGACUGCGGGCUCUAAGGGACAUGCUGGAGAGUGUGGCGCGAGCUGAAGACCUUGUGAAAGUUCACGAGGCGAGACUGACGGAGAAAGAGACCACCUCUCUGUCGCCCAGUGAAGUGGAGGAGUACAUGUUGACCCUGAAGAACGUUAAAGCAGAGCUGGAUCAGAAGAAGGACGUUCUGGCCUCCAUGGAGGCCGAGUUGGCCAAGGCGAGCCACUGGAACGGCCAGGUGGGCGGAGCCUUCCACAGGUGUGACAUGAUGCUGUCCAAAUACACUGAGCAGGUGGGGCUGCUGUCAGACCGCUGGAGACGAAUCCAUGGACAGAUUGACACCAGACUCCAGGAUUUGCAGGUCUAUCAGCCUCAGCUGCAGCGCUACAAGCACACCAGCACCUCCCUCAUUGACUGGAUCGAUGCCACGCGGAAGAAACAAGACGUCCUGCAGGCCACCAAGAUAGACUCCAUCGAAGCACUGAAAGACCAUAUUAGCAACCAGAAGGCCCUGAAUUCAGAAAUCAAAUUGAAGAGGGAGACAGUAGAAAGUGUGCUGAAGGACAGUGAGGCCUGUGUGAAUUCUAUUAAGGACUAUGAGACAGACCUUGCUGCUUACACCUCUGGUUUAGAGACUUUACUCAACAUCCCCAUCAAGAGGACAAUGCUGAGGUCACCAUCAAUGGAUCUUAACGAGGAGGCUGUACAACUGCAAACCCGUUACAUGGAGUUGCUUACCCAGUCCAAUGACUACUACAGAUUCCUGGGAGACCUGCUCAAAAACAUGGAGGAGCUCAAGAUUCGUAACACCAGGAUCGACCUGUUAGAGGAAGAACUUCGGGCACUGAGGGAGGACGUCCAAGACUGCAACACCAAGAACAAAUCUCUGGAAGAGACUGUUGCCCGCUACCAGCUGCAGCUUUCCCUGUCGCAGGACCAGCUGCUGUCGAUGGAGGAGGUUAAACAAAAUACAGUGAUUCAGUGCAAUGCCACCAAGGAGAGCCUAGACAGCACUCAGAGCCAGCUGGCAGACCUCAGCGAUCAGGUGACACGUCUCAACUACUUACUUGAGGAAGAAAAAAGGAAGAGGAGGCUGGCAGAGGAGCGCUAUACUCAGCAGCAGGAGGAGUAUGAGUCGGUGGUGAGGAAGAGGCAGAAGGAGCUGGAGACAGUCAGCUGGUCCAAGGUGGAGUUGGAGAAGAGUGUGGCAAAUAAGGACCAUGAGAUAGAACAGCUGCGGCGGCAGCUGGCUGAGGAAGCGGACAGGGUGAAGGAGCUGCAGAGGGAGAUGUCAAAGGUAAGAAGUCAAUGCAGUAUGGAGAUUAAUAACUUAAAGCUCAGCUACGAAUCCCAGAUCCAAGUCAGCCGCACAGACAUCCAGAGGCUGGCAGCCCAGAGGGAGGAGGACACAGCUGAUCUCCAGAUGCAGUAUGACAGGAUAGUGGCAGAGAGGAGGAACCUGGAGGAGGAGCUCAGGAGGCUCAGGAUGCAUAGCAAUGAGGCUGAGGAGCAAAGGAAGAGGGCGGAGGAAGAAGCUGGCAGUCAGCGGGCUGUCAUCACAGAGGAAGGGCGCAGGAGGAGGGAACUAGAAAGUCAAGUGGAAGUGCUGAUGAGGGAGAGAGAUGAAGAAAGCAGACAGUAUAGAGAGGAGAUUGCUGAAGUCAUGAAGAGUCUGCAGGAGAAAAGGGAGGAGCUGGCAUAUGUCACACACAGUCUAGAAGAGGAGACCCGCAGGAGGAGGACCAUAGAAGAGGGUCAGGAUGUGAUGGAAAAGACUUUGGCCCAACUGCAGGUGAAGCUAACAAGUUCAUCAGUGGCUGCAACCCAGCUGGGCGAGUGCAAGGAAGAGCUUCAGAAGCUGCGUUUGGAGCUGGACAGGGAGGGCAGGGAGAGAAGCAGAGUAGAACAGAACAUGAGCAGGUUACAGGGACGCAUGAAGGACCUUCAGGCUGUGAGAGAUGGACUGGAGAGCCAAAUGGAACAUCUGAGGAAGGCUAACCAAGAGGAAGUGGCCAGAAGACGGCAGGUAGAGACAGAGCUGGAAAAGACCAGAUUAGUCAUAACAGAGUACACAAGCACCAUUACAACACUACGCCAGAACCAAGACCAAGCCAGCACAUUGGAAAAGAGAGGUGAAGAAGAACGUCUUAGGUUACAGGAGGAGCUAGAGAGAAGCUUGGGACAAAACAAGACCUCUGCAGAGCAGGUGACGCAACUGAGCUCAGAGCUGAAAGCCAUGCAGCAACAAGUCCUUCAGGAGCAGGCCAGAGUGAAAGAGGCAAACCUCAGGAAUGAGGGUCUUUACAGAACCGUAGAGGAGAAAAGCAAGGCACUGAAUGAGAAUGGAGUUGAGCUUCAAAGGCUGAAGGAGAUGACAGAAACUCAGACAAAAGAGAGGCUGAGGCUGGAGGAGGAACUAAGGGCAGCACGACACGAUAAAGAGGAACUCCUGAGACUGAAACAGGAAUGUGACGAUGAGCUCUCCUCCCAGAUUACUGCCCUGGAUCUGGACCUGCAGGCCAGUGAGCGCAACAAUGUAGAUUACCGCAACCUGGUCUCAGAGCUCUCCAUGGAGAGGGAGAGACUAGAGCUGGAGAUUGAGAAAAUACAAAUCCAAGCCUCCGAGACAACAGCCAUGAUGCAAUCCAUUCAGUCCCAGUACAAUGAUAUUGUGAGGGAGAGAGAUGCCCUGUUGCUGAAAGUGCAGUUGUCUGAAAAGGACAAAGAUCGCUUUCAGAGGCUAGAGGAUGAACUCAGUCACAUUAAACAGUCCCUUGAAUCUGAGCUUCGAAAUAAACAACGUCUGUUGGAAGAGAACGAGAGGGUGAAGAGGGAUUUAGACUACUGGAAGGACCAGCAUGACAGCAAGCAGGGCUUGAUCAGGCAAUGUGACACGGACAAGGAACGUCUGGAGAGGGAAAAGAACUCUUUGAAGAGUGAGAUAGAGAGGCUGAUGAGGGAACUCAGGGAGCUUGAGGAUACAUAUAAAAGUAAGCUGGCAGCCCUUCAGAAAGAAUUGCGGGAGCUGACCAUUAUUAGACAAAAUAUGGAAAUUGAGUUGAGGAGAGCUAGAGAGCCCCCAACCUUGGAUCCCUCCACUUUAAUUUUUGACGGAGUUCGCAAGCCAGUCACAGCAAAGCAGUUGCUUGACUGUGGUGUUUUGGACAAACCAACCUUUAACCAGCUUGUGAAUGGGCAUAAGACUGUUCCUCAGGUGUCUGUUGACAAAAAAGACAGUCUAAAAGGGACAGGCCCAAUAGCUGGGGUGGUGAUUGAAGGUCCGAAAAGUCCAGGAUCUAUCACUGGACCCCUAUGCAAAAUGACUUUCACAGAAGCCAAGAAAGAUAAUCUCCUGCCAGCAGAUAGCAUCGACCUGCUACUGGAUGCUCAGGCUGCCACAGGCCAUAUAAUUGACCCCAGGACUAAUCGGAAGUUGACAGUUGUAGAGGCAUGUAAUCAAGGUGUGAUUGAUGAAGAGGACAGAGAGCGGUUGCUAGCAGCGGAAGCUGCAGCUGUAGGAUAUAGUGGUCCUGGCGCAAACAAACCACUUUCAAUAUUUCAGGCAAUGAAAAAAGGCCUGAUUGACAAGAACACAACACUGCGUCUGCUGCAAGCCCAGGAGUCUGUGGGGGGCAUCCUAGAUCCCAUUCUCAGUGUGUUCCUUCCCAAAGACACAGCCAUUGAGCGUAACCUAAUUGAUGAUGACAUAUAUCAUGCUCUGAAUCAGAGGCCUGAGCUCUACCUGGACCCAGAUAGUGAGGAGGGUGUAACGUAUAUGUCAAUGAAGAGGAAAUGCAAGGUAGAUCCACACACAGGCCUUAUGCUUCUUCCUAUCUAUGAGAAAGUAGAUCCCUCCAAACUUGUCUUUGAUGGUGUUCGGAAACCUGUCACAGCCAAGCAGCUGGUUGAUUGUGGUGUACUAGAUAAGCCAACAUUUAAAGAUUUAGAAAAAGGGAAUAAAACUGUCCCAGAGGUGUCUGUAGACAAAAAUGUUAAUCUAAAGGGGACUGGGCCUAUUGCUGGAGUUAUAGCUGGGAGUCAAGGCAAAAUGCCUUUGUCAGAAGCUAAGAAACAGAUGCUGCUGCCGGAAGAUAGUGCAGAUUUGCUACUAGAAGCGCAGGCUGCCACAGGUCACAUCAUUGACCCCAGAACAAAUCAGAAGCUGACAGUAGAAGAGGCGUGUGCCAGAGGGGUGGUGGACAUUAGGGAUCGAGACAGAUUAUUGGCAGCAGAGGCUGCUGCUAUUGGAUACAAGAAUCCUAGUGCAGCCAAGCCGCUUUCAGUGUUUGAGGCCAUGAACAAGGGAGUGAUAGACAAGAAGACUGGGGUCCGCCUGCUGCAAGCUCAGGAGUCUGUGGGAGGCAUUCUGGAUCCCAAUCUCAGUGUCUUCCUCCCCAAAGAUACAGCCAUCAAGCGCAACCUUUUGGAUGAAAACCUCCGUCAAGUUCUAAACCAGAGUCCCAAGUGUUACCUUGAUCCAGAAACUGAGCAUGAUACCAGUUACGGGGCAUUGAAGAAAAGGUGCAGGACAGAGCCUCACACAGGUCUGCUGCUUUUGCCAGUCACUGAGAAGCUUGACCCUUCCAAACUGAUAUUUGAUGGUGUCCGCAAGCCAGUAACAGCACAGCAGUUGCUUGAUUGUGGAGUCUUGGACAAAACAACAUUUAACCAGCUAACGAAGGGGGAGAAAACUGUCCCAGAGGUGUCAGUGGAUAAAAAGGUUUUUUUAAAGGGGACAGGAUCCAUUUCUGGUGUAGCAGCAGGACCUUUAGGGAAAAUGUCUUUAUCAGAGGCCAAGAAACAGAUGCUCAUGCUCCCAGAGAGUGCAGAUUUGCUACUGGAUGCCCAGGCUGCCACAGGCUACAUUAUUGACCCCACAAGCAAUCAAAAGCUGACCGUAGAGGAAGCAUGUGCCAGAGGAGUAGUGGACAAUAGAGACAGAGACAGACUCUUAGCAGCAGAAGCUGCUGCUGUUGGCUACCGGGAUCCCAGCACAGCUAAGCCUCUAUCAGUGUUUGAGGCAAUGAAGAAGGGAUUAGUUGAUAGGAAAACUGGGCUACGUCUACUACAGGCCCAGGAGUCUGCAGGGGGCAUUCUGGAUCCCAAUCUCAGUGUGUUCCUUCCUAAAGACACAGCUGUAAAGCGCAACCUUUUGGAUGAAGAUCUCUGCCACACUCUAAACAAGAGGCCUGAGUGUUACUUUGACCCAGACACUGAGCUAGAUAUCAGCUAUGGGGCUUUAAAGAAAAGAUGCAAAACGGAGUCUCACACAGGCCUAAUACUUCUGCCAAUCACUGAGAGGAAAGACCCUUCCAAAUUGAUGUUUGAUGGUGUCCGCAAGCCAGUCUCAGCACAGCAGUUGUUUGAAUGUGGGGUCCUUGACAAGCCAACAUUUAACCAGCUAGUGAAAGGGGAGAAAACUGUUCCAGUGGUGUCUGUGGAAAAGAUGGUUUAUCUGAAGGGGACUGGAUCCAUUGCAGGGGUUAUAGCUGGACGCCAAGGCAAAAUGUCUUUAUCAGAAGCCAAGAAACAGAAGCUCCUGUCUGAAGAUAGUGCAGAUUUGCUAUUAGAAGCCCAGGCUGCUGCAGGCCAUAUCAUUGAUCCUAAAACUGAUCAUAAGCUGACAGUGGAGGAGGCAUGUGCCAGAGGGGUGGUGGACAUUGGGGAUCGAGACAGAUUAUUGGCAGCAGAGGCUGCUGCUGUGGGAUACAAGGAUCCUAGUACAACCAAGCCUCUCUCAGUGUUUGAGGCCAUGAACAAGGGACUGAUAGACAGGAAGACUUGCAUCCGGCUGCUGCAAGCUCAGGAGUCUGUGGGAGGCAUUCUAGAUCCAAACCUCAGUGUCUUCCUCCCGAAGGAUACAGCUAUCAAGCGCAACAUUUUGGAUGAAAACCUCAGUCAUGCCCUCAAGCAGAGUCCUGCUUCCUAUCUGGACCCAGAAACUGAGCAUGAUGUCAGCUAUGGGACUUUGAAGGCGAGAUGCAAGACAGAGCCCCACACAGGCCUUCAGCUUCUGCCAGUCUCUGAGAAGGUUGACCCCUCCAAACUGUUCUUUGAUGGUGUCCGUAAGACAGUCACAGCACAACAAUUGCUUGAUUGUGGGGUUCUGGACAAGCUAACAUUUGACCAACUAGUGAAGGGGGAGAAAACGGUCUCAAAUGUCUCUGUAGAUAAGAAAGUCUUUCUAAAGGGAACAGGAUCAAUUGCUGGUGUUGCAGCUGGACCCUUAAGGAAAAUGUCCUUCACAGAGGCAAAGAGACAGAAGAUUAUGUCUUCUGACAGUGCUGACAUGCUGCUGGAUGCUCAGGCAGCCACAGGUCACAUCAUUGACCCCAGAACGAAUCAGAAACUGACAGUAAAAGAAGCAUGUAAUAGAGGAGUAGUGGACAAGGAGGAUGAAUCAAAGUUGCUUGCAGUUGAGGCUGCUGUUAUAGGUUACAGAGACAUAAAUACUGCCAAGCUCCUGUCAGCUGGCCAGGCCAUGAAGAAGGGAUUAAUCGACAAGGACACUGCUCUACGUAUACUUCAGGCUCAACAGUCUGUAGGGGGUAUUUUGGACCCUGUCCUGAGUGUCUUCCUUCCUAAAGAUAUUGCUAUGAAGAGGGAUCUCAUAGAUGAGGACCUAUACCAGGCUCUGAAUCAGCAUCCUGAGUGCUAUUUGGACCCAGACACCCAACAAGCAACUAACUAUGUAAAUCUGAAGAAAAAAUGCAAAUCAGAUCCAAGCACAGGUCUUUUACUUCUCCCUGAACCUAAAAAACCAAUAACUGUCCAGGGUCUCAGGGGCCAGGUGUCAGUCAUAGAUUUAGUGGAUGCCAACUUGCUGGAGCGUUCUGACAUGAACCAACUGAGGGCGGGCAGAUUGGCAAGCCAGGAAAUCGAAGAUCGCCUGCGCCCCUACCUGAGGGGUUCUACCUGCAUUGCAGGAGUUUAUGAUGAGGCCAGUGAUAAGAUGAUGUCCAUAUACCAGGCCAUGAAAAAUGGACUGUUGCAAGAUGAGACAGCUCUGGAACUGCUUGAGGCCCAGGCUGCCUCAGGCUUCAUAGUUGAUCCUAUCAACAACAAUUACCUGACUGUUGGUGAUGCCUACAAUAAAAGACUAUUUGGGCCAGAGUUUAAGGACAAACUGCUAUCAGCAGAGAGGGCUGUGACUGGUUACAAAGAACCUGGUACAGACAGGAUCAUCUCCCUCUUUCAGGCCAUAGAGAGAGGUCUGGUGGAGAAAGGUCACGGCAUCCGUCUGCUAGAGGCUCAGAUUGCAAGCGGUGGUAUCAUUGAUCCUGUACACAGCCAUCGUAUCGAUGUCAGUGUUGCCUACAAGAGAGGUUACUUUGAUGAGAAAAUGAACAACAUCCUGACUGAACAGAGUGUGGACUCAAAGGGCUUCUUUGACCCUAACACAGAAGAAAACCUAACCUACAUGGAGCUCAAGAAACGUUGUAUCACACAUAAAACUGGCCUCAUCCUUUUGCCUAUCAUGGACAAGAAAAAACAAGAGUCAACCCUGAAGAACACUCUGAGAAAGAGGAGAGUGGUAAUUGUGGACCCAGAAACUAAUAAAGAGAUGACAGUUCGUGAAGCAUAUGACAAAGGGUAUAUUGACUACGAGACCUUCCUGGAGCUGUCUGAGCAGGAGUGUGAGUGGGAGGAGAUCACCAUUACUGAUCCAGAUGGUUCCACACGGCUCGUUAUCAUUGACAAGAAGACUGGAAGAAAGUUUGAUAUCACUGAGCUGCUUGAAAUGCAAGUAAUUACUCAGUUAGAUCUAGAUCAGUACAGAUCACACAAGAUCACCCUGACUCAAUUUGCAGAUAUUAUCACCAGUAAGACCAAACAUGGAUCAUCACCAACCUCAGGUACAUCCUCAGUGUCAUCAACUGUCAGAACGUCAGAAGCCUCAGUUCUGUCAUCAGUGACAUCGUUGUCAUCAUCAUCAUCAGUCCUGUCAAGACCCUUAUCACCCACUCUAGCCAAAAUGACCACAACAAAAACUACCACUGUCACAGGGCGAAGUGCCACAGUUAGCAGUGUAUCUCAAGACCCACCUGAUGGCCUUAGAAAUUUAUCCAGUGUAUCUAUCACUCUGGCCUCCCCUGUUGAAAUUGUGGGUGAACAGGAACCUGUGGGUGCCAUCUUUGACACAGAAGUUCUUGAAAAGAUAUCCAUUACAGAGGCUCUAAAUCGCGGUCUGGUGGAUUCCAUCACUGCCCAGAGACUGCUGGAGGCCCAGGCCUGCACUGGAGGUAUUAUCAAUCCCACAAAUGGCCAUAGGUUUGGUAUCCAAGAGGCUGCCCGCCAAGGUAUAAUAACUGACGACAUGGCUACCAAGCUCAAACCUGCCCAGAAAGCCUACAUUGGCUUUGAGGAUGUAAAAACCAAGAAGAAGAUGUCAGCUGCUGAGGCCAUGAAGGAGAUGUGGCUGCCCUAUGAGGCAGCACAAAGGUUCAUGGAGUUCCAGUUUGUAACAGGGGGGCUUUAUGAUCCAGAAAAGGGCUGUAGAAGAACCCUAGACGAUGCUUUGAAAAUGGGCUGGCUGGAUGAAAGAGCAGCCCAUAAGCUACAAGACAUCAGCCAUCACACAAAGAACCUCACCUGCCCUAAGAGCAAACUCAAGAUCGCUUAUAAGGAGGCUCUGGAUAAUUGCAUGGUGGAAGAAAGCACUGGGGUGAAAAUGCUCCAGGCAUCGUCUGUAUCUUCCAGAGGAAUCAGCAGUCCUUACAACGUUUCCUCUGCCCCAGGAUCCACCACUGGAUCCAGGGGUGGCUCACGACGAAGCUCACGCAGGAGCAGUGUAGACUUGGGCUCACCCUCCUCCUCAGCAACUAGCCGCUACACUCAGUCCAGCUUCACCAACUUUUUAUCCACAUCCACCAAAUAAAUAAAAGGCCCUGCACAUCUAUGCUCUUUUCUUACAAACAAAUCAUCAUUUGUUAAAAGCAUUUUGAUUAUUCAGAAAAUAACAUUGGAAAAUGUAUGUGUUAAAAAAUAUUUCUUGCAUAGUUUUAGAUUUUAGCUUUGGUGUUGCUAUACUGUUCGAAAAUGAUGAAAAUUAACACUACCAAGAUGUUUGUUGUGGAAAUUGACAAAGAAAUAAAAAUAGCAAUGGGAGCCUUCUUAAGGUCUUUGGAUUGAAAAUAAAGUGUAUGUGAAUUUAAUUACUGGUGCUCAUAAAAUAGACUUAGAAACAAUUGCCAUAUUCUUGCAUAUAUCAAAUAAUUUUUUCAAAAUGUUCUUGUAAUGUCAUUUCUUUUUAAACUUUGUAUUUGGCGAGAUGUUUUCAUUUACUUCACAUCUAAAAUUCUUGUUUUAUUAGAGUUGGGAUCCACGGUUGGGUUACAUUCAGCUUAACUCCAUUUUUUUUUUUUUUUUUACUUAUUCAGUUAUUAACCAUUGAUUUCUUGCUGUUUAGUGCGUCUGGUUUUGUAACAGUUUCUCAAUAUCACAAAAUAAAAGGUGAUCUUUGA